UAUCCGGCCCCCUCUUGGACCCCUUCCAGGCCCCAGGGGUCUCCACCCCAGCCUAACUCCAGGGCCCCAAAGAGGGGAGGGGCUGUGAUCCUGGGUCUGGAAGGGGCUGAGCUGUGAGCUAUAAAGGGGGCAUCUCUCAGCACUGGGGCACUGUAGGCAGCGUGUCCCGAGGCCAGACAGGACUACUCCAUGUACCACCCACGAGAGUUGUACCCCUCCCUGGGGACUGGCUACCGCCUUGGACCCCCCCAGCCUGGGGCAGAUUCCAGCUUCCCGCCUGCCCUGGCAGAGGGCUACCGCUACCCUGAUCUGGACACUCCCAAACUGGAUUGCUUCCUCUCUGGGAUUGAGGCUGCUCCCAGAACUCUGGCUGCUCCCCCACCUCUACCCCCGCUGCCCCCAGCCCUGGGCACUGAGCCCCCACCCCCUUCAGCCCCAGAGGGCCUUCAUUCACUCCCUGGAGUCAGCCUGAGCCUGGAGAACCGGGAGCUGUGGAAAGAGUUCAACUCCGUGGGAACAGAGAUGAUCAUCACCAAAGCUGGGAGGCGCAUGUUCCCUGCUUGCCGAGUAUCAGUAACUGGCCUGGACCCCGAGGCCCGCUACCUGUUUCUUCUGGACGUGGUUCCGGUGGAUGGGGCUCGCUACCGCUGGCAGGGCCGGCGCUGGGAGCCCAGCGGCAAGGCAGAGCCCCGCCUGCCUGACCGUGUUUACAUUCACCCGGACUCCCCUGCCACCGGAGCCCACUGGAUGCGGCAGCCUGUGUCUUUCCACCGAGUCAAGCUCACCAACAGCACGUUGGACCCCCAUGGCCACCUGAUCUUGCACUCCAUGCAUAAGUAUCAGCCCCGCAUACACCUGGUGCGGGCCGCCCAGCUCUGCAGCCAGCACUGGGGGGGCGUUGCCUCCUUCCGCUUCCCGGAGACCACGUUCAUCUCCGUGACAGCCUACCAGAACCCACGGAUCACGCAACUGAAGAUUGCAGCCAACCCCUUUGCCAAGGGCUUCCGGGAGAACGGCCGAAACUGUAAGAGGGAGCGAGACGCCCGUGUGAAGAGGAAACUGCGGGGCCCAGAGCCAGCAGCCACAGCGGCCUAUGGGAGUGGAGAUGCUCCAGGUGGUCCCUGUGAUUCCACACUGGGUGGGGAUGUUCGGGAAUCAGAUCCCGAGCAGGCCCCAGUACCUGGGGAAGCUGCCCGUGCCCCAGCUCCUCCCUGCGGUGGCCCCAGUGCUGAGGCCUACCUGCUGCACCCUGCCGCUUUCCACGGGGCCCCCAGUCACCUUCCAACCAGGAAUCCCAGCUUCCCGGAGGCUCCAGACUCUGGGCGCCCAGCCCCCUAUUCAGCCGCCUUCCUGGAGCUGCAGCCUGGACCAGCAGGCUCAGGAUAUCCAGCAGCAGCACCCCCAGCAUCCUUUGCCUCGCACUUCCUCCAAGGGGGCCCCUUCCCCCUGCCCUACCCUGGGCCUGGGCCUUACCUGGAUGUGGGCUCCAAACCAAUGUACUGAGCCUUUGCUAAGCCCCCUGCCUCCCUCCCCAUCUUCCAGUUCCCUUCCCCCAGGUCUGUUGCCCCCUCACUUCCACUACCCCCUCCCCCACACCAAAUGGCUGCCUUGGGCCUCCCCCACCCCACUUCACACUUUGAUUUCGCUCCCACCCCCCUCUGGCUUCAAAGCUCUGGCUAAGCUGCUGGGAGUCCAGCUGGGGCCAGCUUCCCCUUCCAGGCUCUCACCUCGGUGUGAAUGGAGGGGGCUCUGCCGGCCAAAUGGGGCCUGGGACCAGCACUCCCACCCUCACCCUCAGCCUUGGGCUCUGCAAGUCCUACCCCUCCCCAGGGCGAGCCACACGGGUCGGUUCUCAGGUCCAGAGUAUUUUUGUUAAUAAAACUCGAAAGACAUCAGUGCUC